AUGAAUGAAAAGUUCUGCGAGGAGUUCAUGCAGUAUUUUCCCUCCCCUAUCGAAAUCAGCGAUUUCCGAUGGACCAACUUUGCUAAUUGUGUCCUGAACAUUUUCUUAACUUAUACCGCCAUUAUCCUGAAUAUUAUGACGAUUUACGCGAUACGGAAAACCUCGACGCUGUCAAAGACUCUGAGAACAUUGCUGCUGAGUCUUGCAGUUUCUGAUGUUGGCGUUGGUCUGUUUGUUCAGCCAUUUUAUUCGUCUCUGCAAGUGAACUGGGUACAACAGAGCAAUCCUAACUGUAAUACGUUCACGGCCUUCAUGAUAAUCAACAUUACUUUUUCCGUAGCUUCGUUCAUGGGUGUUGUCGCUGUUAGUGUAGAUAGGUUCUUAGCCGUUCAUCUUCAUCUGCGAUACCAGGAAUUUGUGACCCACAAACGUGUUGUUGCUGCUAUCUUAUCAAACUGGCUUCUGGGUCUAUUUGUUUCCCUUAUGAUACUUUGGGCUCCUUUCAGCGCUCAGAACUUAAUUCUUUCAGCUGCUGGAGUUAUUUGUUUUCUUCUUACAGCAAUGAUUAACAUCAAGAUUUAUUUAGUUACUCGACGCCACAAAAUUCACAUGCGGUCUCUGCAAAUACAGCCAAGAGAACGCAUCGAUGAAAUGGGAGAUUUUGCCCGCCAACUCAAGUCUGCUGUCAGUGUAUUCUACAUAUAUAUAGUGUUUUUACUCUGCUAUGUUCCUUUUUACGUCUGCGUGGCUUACAUUAAAAUCCACGGCUCGAGUACAACAUUGAAAAAAUGUUAUCUCCUCUCAGUGACUCUGGUUUUUCUUAAUUCAUCACUGAAUCCUGUGAUUUACUGCUGGAAGAUGAAACACAUUAGACAGGCACUAAUGGACUCACUAAAGAGCAUAUCUUGGAACAGAAAUUAGCCUUCCUAAUUGACUUAUACGGUUUUCAAAGAAGUGCCGAAAGUGAUUGAGCUUCAGAACUUCUCAGUGUGGUUUUUUGUAACUUUUCCUUGCGAUUGGUGAAAAAGAAACUCACGUCGCUUUUUCAGUGAACCCAAUUGAAAACUGAGAAAAAAAUCGCGACUUCGUGAUAAUUACUUUCAAGCUUGCGGCAGAUUUAUUAAUUUUUCUUACAUAAGUUCUCAUUUUUUCUCCUGGUCGUAUUCCUCUGCGUUUCUGAUUUGCUAUGGAGAUUACUCAAUCUGGUUUUAGUUUUAGGACACUCCAUAGAAAUCCGCUCGGUAAAAUUUCCGCACAGCCCCAUACUACAUUAUGCAUUGAGUUCUUGGAUAGAGAAAAAAAUAACAAAAACAAUACAUUGCCAUUGGGAAAACAGAUUUGGUCUUACAAUAGUAUGGGGCUGUGCGGAAAUUUUACGCUGAACCAAGUUGAGUAGCGAACUAAGAUUUCCUUCAUUCACUUCGCAGAAUUUUUUAAUGACAAAUGAAAAUGUAUGUAAAUUUCUACACGUCUCAUUUCUUUACCCUCAAAUAUCUGUGGUCCGUUUUGGUCUGUUAUGAUCUCCUUCUUUACAUAAACGUUACUUUUGUACAGCGCAUAUACAGCUUGUUCUGCUUUUUUUCCCCCAGGGUUUUUCUUUAAGCAUAGUUUGUAAGAUCUUAGCGUGCAGAAUGUAUUUAAUCAUUAAUUAGGGUGUCUCGUUUGUGUCGUUACUGUUUGUCGUCGUCUGUUAGUGUUUUUUCACCGGUUAAAUAGCCUCUGUUGUUUUCCCUAUCACAUACUUUCGUGCAUUAUUGUUUCUUUCGCAAUUAUAAGCGUCAAUUAAAUUUUCAGUUAGUCGUUUUCGCAUGCAUUAAUUUUAGUUUUUCGUGCGUAUAUAAACUUAGUUUUCUCUGUUCAGGGACCUUUAUUUUCGGUAGUCGCGCUAGUCGCAGUUGGCUUUCAAGCAGUUCCUUUAUUCUUAAUUUCGUCUUCGGACAGUGUUUUUCCCUCAAGCACAGUUUUCCAGUAAUCGUAACAAUGUAAAUAUUGUCGUUUCAAGUUGGCUCAGUGUAUUUCUUUACUAUCACCUUUACUUAAUCAAUUGUUGUAAUUUUGUAUUAUUUGUUAAUUUUUAAAGUUUCAACCCACAUCGUUCACCGUCAAUAAAUCGCCUUUUUUAUCAGUAAUUGUGGUGUUGAGAAGUUACGAUUGCCGCAGUCAUAUAGUUCCUAGACCAUCUCUCCUGAGCAACUGUCCGCGCAGAGUCUGAGAAAAUGUAAUUUCUGACGUUUGAGUGACCUGGAACGAAUUAGUCAGAAAUGAAUACUCUGACGGCACGUUGAAGAGGUUCGCAUGGCAUCGCGGUAGUUUCGGAUUAUUUGAGCGUUUCGCAUGGGAAAUUAGGUCAUUCUACGUCGGCCAGUCUUAGGUUUGGCCGCUUUCUUUUUUUAUUUAUUUAUUUUUUUUAUUUAAUGUAAUUUUGCUUUACAACUCUCUGUAAAAUGUCACUGCUUUCAUUGAAUUUUCUGUGUUCAGUAGUGUAACUAGGUUUAUUUUAGUUACCCUUUCCUCGGGGUCUAGUGCUGCAGCAUUACAUGAGGAAUACGUUUCCACACAUUUUUUGGCCACUUCUAAAGAGUGGUUUUUUAGUGGUGUUUCGUAUCUGGCGUAGCACAGCCUAUUUUUGUAUAACCCCUCAUUUUCAGUGAAUACUUGCAGUACAUUGCAGAUUGUAGUAGGAUGUGUAGACUACAAGACUGGCUGACUCCUCCUAAAUAAUCUUUCACAUUGAAUAUCUCGCCUGAGUGUAGUCAGAAUAUUUCUUUUUGGUGAUAUCGCGGAUUUUAGGGUCUUAAGUUUGACGGAGCUUAAGAAAUUGAGGUAUGGGACAGAGUUUUAUACAAUAUGAAAAGUAAUCUUAAUUCUUCGGUUAAAAUGAUCUAUUUACAACAAAUUUAGUCGACUUAGAAGCGACUCUCGGCUACCUUUGUUUAUCGUCAAGAUCGUUUUUCCAUUAGGGAGGGUACACUCGAAAAUGAUUGUUGUGAAUGACAUAAAUCGUUGGCUGACAACCUGAGCGGAAGUCAUCAUCAUCAGCUUGACUCUGAUAAUCUUAAAUAAAAAAGGUACUUUUAAUUCGUCGUCAGAGUCAGUUUAGAAGGACUUCUGCAUUUGAAACAGCGAAUGGACUAUCGUCCAUGUUUGCAUAAGAUAUUUCAGUUUUUCCUGUGCCUGAUUUUCAUGAAAAACUGAGAAGUCGGACGGUUGCACCUUAACUGCGCUCUUACGACUCAUAUUUCUUGGCGUAGAAACUGCAAAUGAGAUGUUGAUUACUGUUUAAUUUUUUUUUGCUAAGAGGCCAAAACUUAGCCACAGUGAGUUAAAUUCGACAGACCAUGCAGUUGAACGACAGUCGUUAGCGUUGUGCCAAAUAAGUUUUCAGUGCAGAAAUUUCUGAAAUUCUUUAAUUUCAUUAGUUUGCUUUUCUUUUUCACUUUUUUUUUCAUUCCUUUUGUUUUCUUUUGUCAUGUUUCUGGUCUUAUUCAUUUCAAGUCAGAACUUGGCUUUUCUUUAAUUGGCAGACAGUUUGUUUUCUUGGAACGAAAAUGAUUUACAUCAGCAUUUAUUUUAAGCAAAUGAAGAUCAUCACAGUAUAUACUCCACUUAAGCAGUUGAGAAAUAAGGCCUGAAAAAAAUUCAGGCCUGAACGGGAAUCGAACCCAUGACCUCUGCGAUACCGGUGCAGCGCUCUAACCAACUGAGCCAUCAAGCCAACUGGGAGCUGGUCAAUUGUGAGUUCGUUAUAUACCCGUGGAUGGAGAAGGUGUGAUAAGAAUACAUGAAAGUCAUAUAUUUGUACUGCGGAAAAUACAUUUUAAGCAAAUGAAGAUCAUCACAGUAUAUACUCAACUUAAGCAGUUGAGAAAUAUACUGUGAUGAUCUUCAUUUGCUUAAAAUGUAUUUUCCGCAGUACAAAUAUAUGACUUUCAUGUAUUCUUAUCACAUCAGCAUUUAUGUUGGUCGCAAACGCCAUAAGAAUGAAAUGAAGUUUAUUCAACUACAAUUAACGUAGAGAACACAUCUGCCGAGCAACGUGUCUUGCAGCACAAAGCGUGCAUCACAGGAAAAGGUAAAGUCACACAUGCAACAAUUUAAUUGGCCAUCUUGCCGCGCGACUGCUGCAGAUACUGAAAGGAAUGUUGCCCGAAUUAACACAUGCCGUGAGGUGCUUGAAAAAAGCCUUGUCAGUCACGUAGAGAGACAAUAAACGGCUGACAAAUAUAUGAACAAUGACGAUAAGAUCACAAUUCUUGGUCUCGCUCAUUUCUGAUCGCAAUGAACUGCACAAUAAUUAGAAUAUAUCUGAGAAGGUUAUUUUUCUGCCCCAUCAGUUAAAAAAUUUAAAAGAAGAGUGAGUACUCUGUUAGAUUUUUUGUACCUUAGAACAUAAGCUGCUUUUAAGGUCAAGACAAUGCUGGUUAUUUUUAAUUUUUUCUUUUUGCCUUUUUGUCUGAUCUCAAUUGCCACUAAUGAAGAAAGCUACGACUCCUUUUACGGCGUCAAUUAGGUGUAUACCUUUACUUUCUCAUAUCGACAGAUAUGUACUCUUCCAGACAUUUUAAACAAUUUCUGUUAGCGAAAACUGACAGGAAAUACGAGGCCCUUUAAAAAAAAAAGACUAGGAAGAUGGCUCGUUGUAUUCUUACAUCACUGUUUUAAGCCUUGCGCUCAACGACAGGGGUCUUCGGGACAGUAAUGAAAUCCAAAGAGAAGGAAAUAAAAGUGUUCUUCCUUUACUUUUUCCUUCGCUGCGAAAGAUGUUCAAAAGUAUUCUUUCGUGAGUUAAAUAAUCUUUCAUUCCAUGUUUUGUAAAUAAGUCAGCAGCUGCGCGGGUUCUGACUGGCCGCAGGGAAUGGGAACUUAGUUGAACUUACAUCAAUUUCUGUAUUUAAAGAUAAUUGUUCAUUUUCACCAAAAAUUAAUUUUGUCUAUGCUUUAAAAUGCUGCCUCAUCGGAUAUAUUUUUAGUGAUUAGACCUUCGAAGAGAACAAGCUUCUUUCGACAAGUUAAAAUUGCAGCCUAGAGCUCGAGCACACAGUGAAAGGCAAAUGUAUUCAUUUCCUUUAUUUGAGUUAUUUUGACCUCUAUAUUGAGCUGAUUUUUUUUACAAAGGAAGGAGCCUUCUGCAUAUGAAUAAAAAAACACUGAAUUAACAUCUUGCUCAAAAGCAGGGAAAAGCAUUAAGAAUAUUUCACUUACUGAAAACGACAAAAUUGAAAAAUUAUGAAUAGAAGUCUUAAAGCUUAAAAAUGAUAAUAUUAGAGAGAUGAGUAAUGUGUGAACUGUUAAAUUGAGAUACUGAGGAUUCAUCACGAACGUGGGAUGAUAAAACAAAAGGAUUUGUGUUCACGGGCGUAAAUAUGUCUUUCGCCCGACUCAGAGUUAUUUUAGCCCUAACCGCUAGCGACGGGUAGACCAAUUCUGAGAAGGGCUUAAAACGUAUUUAUGCCCGCGAACAUAAACUAAAUUAUUGUCAUCAUCACUUAGGAGAGAACUUUGAAAAUAAAAAAUGAUUAAAAAAAUGAGAACAAAACAGUCCGAUUAAUCACGCGAGCGCGCGAGCGGGUCAAAAUACAUUUAGCCGGCUGCUAAAAACUCCAUUUUAGCCCACAAAAUGUACUACAGUGCUCAAAAAAAUAUUACUAAGGAAGACUUUAAACUUCACAGACUUUACGACUUUCAGAUAACCUCAGGGUAGUCUUACAGAAAUGUAAACCAGAGUAGCAUCAAACCAUGUUACUUCAGUUAUGACCAGGUUGUUGAAACAGAAAAACUCCAAUUUUUGAAUGGGCCGAACCUAAUGCUUAGACAGUUCGAGGAUUAUUGGUCUCUGUAUUAGUUUAAAGGAACUCUUGAAUUGGGAAUGAUAGCAUGGCUCUCGUGUAUGGCUGCAGACAUCAAAUCAUUUUGUUUUAUGUACUCGACAUCUCUGAAAUGUAAAGAAGCUGAAUUUUCAUAAAGGGUUCUAUUUAUAGCCAUGACAACCAUAAUUAUGGUUUAAUUCCCAGGUGGACUGUUAUAAACUCCGAACAAAGUGACUGAAAUUUAAACAGUAAAACCCCCUUUUUUGUGGAGCGUAGUUGCGAUAAAAUAAUGAAUGAAAAGUUCUGCGAGGAGUUCAUGCAGUAUUUUCCUUCCGCUAUCGAAAUCAGCGAUUUCCGAUGGACUAACUUUGCUAAUUGUGUCCUGAACAUUUUCUUAACUUAUACCGCUAUUAUGCUGAAUAUUAUGACGAUUUACGCGAUACGGAAAACCUCGACGCUGUCAAAGACUCUGAGAACAUUGCUGCUGAGUCUUGCAGUUUCUGAUGUUGGCGUUGGUCUGUUUGUUCAGCCAUUUUAUUCGUCUCUGCAAGUGAACUGGGUACAACAGAGCAAUCCUAACUGUAAUACGUUCACGGCCUUCAUGAUAAUCAACAUUACUUUUUCCGUAGCUUCGUUCAUGGGUGUUGUCGCUGUUAGUGUAGAUAGGUUCUUAGCCGUUCAUCUUCAUCUGCGAUACCAGGAAUUUGUGACCCUCAAACGUGUUGUUGCUGCUAUCUUAUCAAACUGGCUUCUGGGUCUAUUUGUUUCCCUUAUGAUACUUUGGGCUCCUUUCAGUGCUCAGAACCUAAUUCUUUCAGCUGCUGGAGUUAUUUGUUUUCUUCUUACAGCAAUGAUUUACAUCAACAUUUAUUUAGUUACUCGACGCCACAAAGUUCACAUGCGGUCGCUGCAAAUACAGCCAAAAGAACGCAUCGAUGAAAUGGGAGAUUUUGCCCGCCAACUCAAGUCUGCUGUCAGUGUAUUCUACGUAUAUAUAGUGUUUUUACUCUGCUAUGUUCCCUUUUACGUCUGCGUGGCUUGCAUUAAAAUCUACGGCUCGAGUACAACAUUGAAAAAAUGUUAUCUCCUCUCAGUGACUCUGGUUUUUCUUAAUUCAUCACUGAAUCCUGUGAUUUACUGCUGGAAGAUGAAACACAUUAGACAGGCACUAAUGGACUCACUAAAGAGCAUGUCUUGGAACAGAAAUAAGCCUUCCUAAUUGACUUAUACGGUUUUCAAGGAAGUGCCGAAAGUGAUCGAGCUUCAGAACUUCUCAGUGUGUUUUUUGUAACUUUGUCUUGCGAUUGGUGAAAAAAGGAACUCAAGUCGCUUUUUCAGUGAACCCAAUUGAAAACUGAGAGAAAAAAAAUCGCGACUUCGUGAUAAUUACUUUCAAGCUUGCGGCAGAUUUAUUAAUUUUUCUUACAUACGUUCUCAUUUUUUGCUUCUGGUCGUAUUCCUCUGCAUUUCUGAUUGCUAUGGAGAUUACUCAAUCUGGUUUUAGUUUUAGGACACUCCAUAGAAAUCCGCUCGGUAAAAUUUCCGCACAGCCCCAUACUACAUUAUGCAUUGAGUUCUUGGAUAGAGAAAAAAAUAACAAAAACAAUACAUUGCCAUUGGGAAAACAGAUUUGGUCUUACAAUAGUAUGGGGCUGUACGGAAAUUUUACGCUGAACCAAGUUGUGUAGCGAACUAAGAUUUCCUUCAUUCACUUCCCAGAAUUUUUCAAAGACAAAUGAAAAUGUAUGUAAAUUUCUACACGUCUAAUUUCUUUACCCUCAAAUAUCUGUGGUCCGUUUUGGUCUGUUAUGAUCUCCUUCUUUACAUAAACGUUACUUUUGUACAGCGCAUAUACAGCUUGUUCUGCUUUUUUUCCCCCAGGGUUUUUCUUUAAGCAUAGUUUGUAAGAUCUUAGCGUGCAGAAUGUAUUUAAUCAUUAAUUAGGGUGUCUCGUUUGUGUCGUUACUGUUUGUCGUCGUCUGUUAGUGUUUUUUCACCGGUUAAAUGGCCUCUGUUGUUUUCCCUAUCACAUACUUUCGUUCAUUAUUGUUUCUUUCGCAAUUAUAAGCGUCAAUUAAAUUUUCAGUUAGUCGUUUUCGCAUGCAUUAAUUUUAGUCUUUCGUGCGUAUAUAAACUUAGUUUUCUCUGUAGUCGCGCUAGUCGCAGUUCGCUUUCAAGCAGUUCCUUUAUUCUUAAUUUUGUUUUCGGACAGUGUUUUUCCCUCAAGCACAGUUUUCCAGUAAUCGUAACAAUGUAAAUAUUGUCGUUUCAAGUUGGCUCAGUGUAUUUCUUUACUAUCACCUUUACUUAAUCAAUUGUUGUAAUUUUGUAUUAUUUGUUUAUUUUUAAAGUUUCAACCCACAUCGUUCACCGUCAAUAAAUCGCCUUUUUUAUCAGUAAUUGUGGUGUUGAGAAGUUACGAUUGCCGCAGUCAUAUAGUUCCCAGACCAUCUCUCCUGAGCAAUUGUCCGCGCAGAGUCUGAGAAAACUUCUUUUUGGUGAUAUCGCGGAUUUUAGGGUCGUAAGUUUGACGGAGUCGAAAAAUUGAGGUAUGGGACAGAGUUUUAUACAAUAUGAAAAGUAAUCUUAAUUCUUCGGUUAAAAAUGAUCUAUUUACAACAAAUUUAGUCGGCUUAGAAGCGACUCUCGGCUACCUUUGUUUAUCGUCAAGAUCGUUUUUCCAUUAGGGAGGGUACACUCGAAAAUGAUUGUUGUGAAUGACAUAAAUCGUUGGCUGACAACCUGAGCGGAAGUCAUCAUCAUCAGCUUGACUCUGAUAAUCUUAAAUAAAAAAGGUACUUUUAAUUCGUCGUCAGAGUCAGUUUAGAAGGACUUCUGCAUUUGAAACAGCGAAUGGACUAUCGUCCAUGUUAUCGUAAAAUGUUUCAGUUUUCCUGUGCCUGAUUUUCAUGAAAAACUGAGAAGUCGGACGGUUGCACCUUUACUGCGCUCUUACAACUGAUAUUUCUUAACUGACGAUAAGAUCACAAUUCUUGGUCUCGCUCAUUUCUGAUCGCACUGAACUGCACAAUAAUUACAGUAUAUCUGAGAUGGGUAGGUUAUUUUUCUGCAUCAUCAGUUAAAAAAUUUAAAAGAAGAGUGAGUGCUCUGCAAGAUUUUUUGUACCUUAGAACAUAAGCUGCUUUUAAGGUCAAGACAAUGCUGGUUAUUUUUAAUUUUUUUUGGCCUUUUUGUCUGAUCUCAAUUGCCACUAAUGAAGAAAGCUACGACUCCUUUUACGGCGCCAAUUAGGUGUAUACCUUUACUUUCUCAUAUCGACAGAUAUGUACUCUUCCAGACAUUUUAAACAAUUUCUGUUAGCGAAAACUGACAGGAAAUACGAGGCCCUUUAAAAAAAAAAGACUAGGAAGAUGGCUCGUUGUAUUCUUACAUCACUGUUUUAAGCCUUGCGCUCAACGACAGGGGUCUUCGGGACAGUAAUGAAAUCCAAAGAGAAGAAAAUAAAAGUGUUCUUCCUUUACUUUUCCUUCGCUGCGAAAGAUGUUCAAAAGUAUUCUUUCGUGAGUUAAAUAAUCUUUCAUUCCAUGUUUUGUAAAUAAGUCAGCAGCUGCGCGGGUUCUGACUGGCCGCAGGGAACGAGAACUUAGUUGAACUUAUAUCAAGUUCUGUAUUUAAAGAUAAUUGUUCAUUUUCACCAAAAAUUAAUUUUGUCUAAGCUUUAAAAUGCUGCCUCAUCGGAUAUAUUUUUAGUGAUUAGACCAUCGAAGAGAACAAGCUUCUUUCGACAAGUUAAAAUUGCAGCCUAGAGCUCGAGCACACAGUGAAAGGCAAAUGUAUUCAUUUCCUUUAUUUGAGUUAUUUUGACCUCUAUAUUGAGCUGAUUUUAUUAACAAAGGAAAUAGCCUUCUGUAUAUGAAUAGAAAAACACUAAAUCAACAUCUUGCGCGGAAGCAAGGAAAAGCAUUACGAAUAUUUCACUUUCUGAAAACGACAAAAUUGAAAAAUUAUUGAUAAAAGUCUUAAAGCUUAAAAAUGAUAAUAUUAGAGAGAUGAGUAAUGUGUGAACUGUUAAAUUGAGAUACUGAGGAUUCGUCACGAACGUGGGUUGAUAAAACAAAAGGAUUUGUGUUCACGGGCGUAAAUAUGUCUUUCGCCUGGCUCAAAGUUAUUUCAGCCCUAGCCGUUAGGCAACGGGUAGACUAAUUCUGAGAAGGCUUUAAAACGUAUUUAUGCCCGCGAACAUAAACUAAAUUAUUAUCAUCAUCACUUAGGAGAGCACUUUGAAAAUAAAAAAUGACCAAAAAAAUGAGAACAAAACAGCCUGAUUGGUCACGCGAGCGCGCGAGCGGGUCAAAUACAUUUUAGCAGGCCGCUAAAAUCCCCAUUUAAGCCCACAAAAUGCACUACAGUGCUCAAAAAAAUUAUACUAAAGAAGAUUUUAAACUUCACAGACUUUACGACUUUCAGAUAGCCUCAGGGCAGUCUUAUAUUCUGGAUAUAUUGUUUUGGCGUUGUUAAGUUUUUUUUUUUUUUUUUAGUUUUACAUACAAUUUUUGGAGACAGUGUGAUUUGUCAUCAUGGAACCACUAAAGAAUAUUACUUUUAUCUAUUGAUACUAGUUAAAACGCUUAUUAAUCGGAUAGUUCAUGGUGUUGUGCAUGUAUUUAGCGGUGCUACCCUCAUUUUCAUCUGAUGCCCAUUUAAACCUUGAGCUACAUAAGCUACUAAGUGGCUCCAGCUGGUGGCUAGCUGUCUCGAUCCGUAAAUGCUUCUCAGAUGUGGCUUUUUAUCUUUUCCUUGUGCGCAUCAGCAGUGUGUCAUACCUCCUAUAGGUAAACUUGUCAUACUUAUGUUCCCUGGUGUCUUGAUUUUGUUGAGCAAAAUAAGCAAUUAGGAAAAGUAGCCUUUUAAAAUGUGACACCAACUGCUCUGAGGAAUCGUUCAGCGUCAUCUUCAUUGUUUAUUAAAAAAAUGUGCUAAAAAUUUGACGACGGUCUCUGCCAUUUUGAUCAGUCUUGUUUAACCCUUUCACUCCCAGAUCGAAUUUGUAAUUCUCCUUACUGUCAACCAUACAUUCUUAUGAUGUUAGUUCAGAGAACUUAGAAUUGGAUCAACUCAUUAUCCCCAAAUUGAUUAUUUUUUUCAUCCUCAUCACUUAUCUGGUUGAUAUCGUAUUGAUAUUGUAAGGAGAAUUCUGACUUGGUCACUCAUUGGAAUUAAAAGUUUAAGAAUGUUUCUAUCUCUAAGCGAUAUGUUGGAACUGAUUAGGAGAAAACCAAACGGCCGCUCUUUCUCUCUGGACCAUACUUCCAGUUUAAAAGCUUUCUUAAGUAAAUUGAGCGGUGAUACCCUCCCUAAUGGUACAUCAAUUACUUUUUUUUUUCGAACAGAGUGAAAUUUUUUUGACAUCUCAGGUCUUCUUUCGAAAUAAAAGAACUCAAGUAGGUAUCUAAGAGCCUUUACAAUUUAUGACGUGAACAUUUUUCGUGAUACGAUUCAAGGUUAAUCCAGCCAUUAAACAUCUUUAUCGUAAAAGGUUUUUAUUAAUGCCUUUUAAUGCGAACGCCCUCAGGGCUCGGUAACAUCGAGAGGCGGCUGUUGUCCGGCGUAAGCCUUUAUGAAUGAUAAAAAAUUUAAGUGUAUGAGGAAACUCAGAAGACGUUUUUCCCCUUACGUCGAACACACGGUCAUUUAAUUACUCUUAACGGUUAGCUGUUAAACGGCUCAAAAAAAUAAUCCUUUAGGUGCGCGAAAAAAAAACAAAAACAAAAACAAAUGUCAGCUUUCAACACCACUACUCUUUUGAAGCCCUCUUAUUGGUCAUGCAACUUCAAUUUGACCAAACACAACGCUCCUUGAAUUGACCGACACAAACUCCUCUAUCACACUACGUUUAUAACAAAGUGGACAAAACUCUGUUGUAGAAAAUCAGAUUUUGGUAAAAUCUUCCUAAUAUAUGUGUUUAAAGCUCAUGAUUUUGUUUUGUAAAUUUUGGCAAUUUUUUUUUAACUUUGUAAAUUAAUAUCGGUAAACAGAUUCAGUGGUAAGGAAAUAAAAGGUCAUAAAUUACCUUUUUUCAAUUUCCAUCAGCGGACCCCGAUGUUGUAAUGGACUGCUGUGCAGGGAAAAUGGGCCGUUAAAAGCUCGCAAAUGUAAUUUCCGGCAUUCUGGGCAUCAUAAAAGGGUGGUGUUAACAAUAAUUUUUGUUGACAACUCGGUAACUAGCCUGUCAUUCCUAAGCUUUCAGAAUGUUGCGUUCGUGAAUAAAUGGCUUGCAGGGGGGGUUCUUUUUAAGACCCCACCCUUACCUCAUUGCCGGCUCGUAACUCACUCGCAAGAAAGCCCACGCUAAAUCCAAAAAUUAGAGCCUGUAUGAAGGCUUACCAGACGGCAGUAAUUAUAUGAGAAAUUUGAUAGGCAGCAGUAAUUAUAUAAAGGGUCUUAUGGAAGGCGGACGACCGCUAGUAACCGACUUGCAUCGAAAUCCCAGUUCAUUUAUGAGACAACCUACCCAUAAGAGAGAUUAAAUUUCCUUUAUUUAGAUUGGUUAGCAUGAACAAAGUAGUUAAAUUUGUCUGAUCAAUUUGCAAGCAGCUUCAAAUUUGACUGGUUAAAUCAUACCUUUCUUGUGCUUAAUUACCCAAAGAAAUAAAUAAGUGUUAAGAACCAUUUAGAUUCGGAUAUUUUGCUAUUAACAUGACUUUCUCUGAUAAUACCCACUAAUCGUGCUAUUUAUAGAAUCAGUAAAGGUUGAGCCAUCGCUUGAUGUACAACUGGAAGAGGUGAAAGAGAUCGGUGUGAGUUAAAAAGCUUUUUGUUAAGCCUCGCAUUCACAACGAGACUCCACGUCUAGAAAUCGAAUUCAGGCGACUUCCGAAAGCACUGAUUGAAAGUUCUAGUUUCUCCACAUCAAAAGUAACCUCAUAAUGGUCUGAAGCACGCUCAUUUCUCGAAAUAUUGGAGGUACGUUUGACUCAGUUCAACUCAUAGCAAAAGUUUCACCUGCAAUAUAUCAAAGUCUCGUCAAAGGAUAUGCUAACCAUUGGUCGAAGUUCUCUUCAAGGCUGUAAUUAACCCCUGGAAUCAUAACGUGUCCUCAGGCUGAAACAACAAAAUUUGGAUGCGGUUUUAAAGCUCCUUGCCAAAGUUUGAUCAGCCGGAUUUUCCAUUCCGCUGCUCUGUUGCUUGUGUACUUAUUAUGUUUUGCGAAACAUUGGUUCAAUAUUUUCCCUUUACCUCUGAAUAUGAAGAACUUCGCAGGAGUUACAUCGCUAACUGCGUCUUCAAUAAUUUUCUGACCUAUCUCGCCGUUAUGCUAAACAUUGUAACAUUCUAUGCGAUACGAAAAACUCAAUCGUUGCCAAAGACGACAAAGACUUUGCUUUUGAGUCUGGCUGUUUCUGAUGUCGGUGUGGGUCUGUUUGUUCAGCCAUUUUACACUUCACUACUGGUCAGUUGGCUACAACGAAACAGCCCGAGCUGCCUCACUUACCGAAUGUUCAGUAACGUCGGCCUGUUCUUUUCUCAAGCUUCGUUUGCUGGUGUUGUGGCUGUAAGUGUAGACAGGUUCUUAGCAGUUAAUCUUCAUCUCAGAUACAAGGAACUUGUAACCCACAAACGCGUUCUUGCUGUGGUGAUUUCAAUAUGGGUGUUCAGUGCAUUUGCUUCUUUGAUAAUAUUGAGUGGUCUGCGCCUUAUUCAGAUCAUCAUUCAGACCUUUGCUCAAAUAAGUAGCCUUGUUGUGACGACAGUAAUUUAUAUCAAGCUUUAUUCGGUCGUGCGAUAUCAUAAAAAUAGGAUUCAGUUCUUGCAAGCACGCGGUGAACAGCCUAGGGAAAUAACAAAUUUAUCGAGUGUCAUAAAAUCUGCGCUCGUUAGCUUUUACGUGUAUGUGGCUUUUUUAUUUUGUUACGCGCCUUAUUGGUGCUCUGUGACGGCCAUACGAUUCUACGGUCCGACGGUGACAUUGAAGAGUUUACAUCUCUUCUCAGUGACUCUAGUUUUUGUGAAUUCGUCUCUAAACCCUGUGAUAUACUGCUGGAAGAUGAGACACAUUCGGUGCGCCGUUGUGAACAUACUUCGGAGCAUGUCUAGGAACAAUGGCGUGGAAAUUAAAUUUAGUACUGAACAGUCGGCAAUGAGCCCUUGUGAUGUCACCAACUGAAGGCUACUUCGUCCGCUUAAAGACUUAUUUUCUCUUAGAUCAGCGCUGAGCGAGCCAGCGAAAUAAAAAGCUUCCUCGAUUUACUAUAAAAAGCUAAAAUAAUAGCAAAGGGCAGAGUGAACCGGCUUUCCAGAAACAAACACAGUUUGCAUGCAGUUUAUCAGGGUUUGUGUUAGGAAAAGUUGGAGCGUUUUUCAGGAACGCAAACCUGAACGUAGUUGUAAAUCCACAUUUGUAUCGGGUUUUUAUAUAUAAAAAAGUAUGAUAUAAUCAAAUGCAAAAUUGAGAAACAGCAACUUUUAUAUAAAGCAAAGCAACAGGAGAGUAAAGCAAAUUUAAGAUCGCUUUUAAAUGUUAUAACUAAUUUUAAUUUUUGACAGAGUAAGUGAAAUAAAAAUUUGAUAAAUUAAAAAUUCAGACUUUUCACUUUCCCUUGUGAUAUCAUCUUCUUUGAACGAAUACACCAAUAAUACGUUAUAAGGUUUUUCUUUAACCUAUUUACAAGAAUAAACUUGUGGGAUAAGGAAAUUAAUUUUUUUAGUAAAAGGGCGUCAAAGGAUACCGAUCGGUUUUAUUUAUUUUCGCAAUAGUCAGGUUUGGUCAUGACAAUGGUUUAAGCGCGUAUACAUGUCAAAGACAGUUAAAUCAUAUUAAUUCAGCUAAGAGCUUUCGGGAAAGUUUUUGUUUCUAUUUGCAAUUCUACCAAAAUGAAGUGACAAGACUGAACUGAAAAAGAAUUAAAUAAUGGGAUGAAUGAUGUUACUCACUUAAAGAUUUCCACAGCAGGACAUUUUUAACCCUUUCAUUUUCAAUUGGAAACUUCAAACAAACAUAUGGUUUAUCUAAUCCGCCUCUAGUUGUCCAAACUACUGAGUGCUACAAGAUGAUAAUAAGUGUUUCUGAGACAACCAACUCAACUGAUGCUUUGACAUAAAAAGUCUUUGUCGAACGACACAAUCUUGACGCAUUUUUAAUUCGAGUAAUCUAUGGCUUACAUCGAUCGAUCAUCUUCAUCACUGAUUGAUCCCAGACUUAAAUCAUAGGUUUAUCAACGUUUUAGGCGUCAAUUACUGCUCUGUUUUAGUGAAGCUGAAAAGAUAAUUUUAAACGUGAUUUAUUGGCAUCAAUCGGAAGAUGAUUUGAAAGGUUUAAAUGACGUCCUAUACAGAAGGAGUACAUCACUGAUGAAAAUAACUUUUUGCGGAAAACAGAGCAGAAUGCCUCUGAUCUUGUUUUUUUUUUUCCCUUCUGCUUCCAGUUUCCCAGUGGCUCUUACCUGAGCUGAAAAUGAAAGGUUUCAAACACCAUUUAACAGCAUUCGCUAAGGCCAGGGUAAAAAGUGUUUCAUUUUAGCCUCCUUCAUCGUCGUGGCAUAGGAAAUAAGAACUAACAAAAUCCGGGAUUAAUGGAAUGAAACUCUUGAAUUAUCAACUAAUAACACCAUCGGAAAAUAGGCAUUAAACGAAGCAGAACUUUUGAUACAAUCUCAGAACAUGAUGUAAAAAUGAUCACACCUUUUUUUUCUAACCAUGUGAAAUAGAAAUGUUUUUGAAGCUAAAACAUCGUGAAAUGAAAUGCUCGGAAAUUUGUGUUAUAAACUGUUUUCGCGACUGAUAAGAAUGUGCCUUGAAGGGCCGAAGCCGUUUUAGCCUUGUAAAAAUAUUUUGCGAUAUAUUCAAAACACAAGAGAGGUUUCAAUAUCCUUUUGAUUUAGAUAGAUAUGUGACUAAAAGUUGAGAGAAAAUUUCUGGGAAAUACAGCGGACCGCUUUUGCAGAAACUAUUUAAUACGCGUAAGCAUAUGAAAUGUGCGUAUACAUAUAUGCGUAACCAUAUACGAGUAUGCACAUACAAGUAAAAUGUGCGUUAGCUUGUGUACGUACGCAUUUGUCGUUGCAAAGGUGCGCACUUAAGUAAUGACGCGCUGGCGCAUCGACGAACAUUCACAUCAACAACCAUAAACGCACGUCUGCACCAAGGUGUUUGGAAAAAAAAAUUGGAUGACUGGAUGUAUGUACACUCAGAGCUAAUCUUGAAGUGAACAAUUUUUCGGUGUGUAGUUAAAUUACCAGGCAAAAGCUCUGAGUGUACCAAAAGGCAAAUGAGGUCGCAUCCUCUAAUUAUCGAAACACGCUUUAGGAUUUUUUUAAAAAUCUCAUGGAACAAAUAAAGAUUUAAAUGACCGGGCAAAAGCUUUACCUGUACCAAAAAAGGCAAAUGGAAAACCAUCGUCAACAAACCAGUAAACGUACUCACCUCAACAUCACUAAGAACUGCCCUAACUGCCUGCUCUUUCUCCACAACAUUUACCUCUGUGUCUGUCAACUUAUCUAUAACAAACUUCAACGACGACGCAGUGACAUUGGUAGAAAGGAAAUGUUUCUUUUUACUUAAAAAAAAACACUGGCAAAAUUAAAGUCUCCUCUAAGACUGACUGGUCGUCCGCUAAAUCCCUUUGGAACUUGCCGCUAUUUUGAAAAAGCCAAACUUUGUUCGAAGUCGGUUCCAGUGGACUGUCUUUUAGCGCAGAUCCGCUCGUUUUAUUGCCCAACAUCUCUCUACCAUGGUGCAAUAGUAGCACAGGAGUGAAAAAAAAAAAAAACCCGAGAGAAGUUUGAGUAGGGUCGCUUAAUGAACUACACGACCCAGUCUUCCUCGUUUUUACUUUGCAGCUACUAUGGCGCCCUUUACUAUUUCACUCCGUUUCACUUACUGAACGCCUGGCAUGUAUUUUUCUUGAAGAUUUAACACUCGAAGAUGGCGUUUCUGUCCUUAAAGGAAAUCAAUAGCAAUGUUAAAAGCAGCAGCUGAUUAAGCAAAGCGCAGAUGUGUUACCGAUUAACAUAUCUAACGAAUUGUAAAAAUGUAUCUUUUUAGCUGCUUUUUUUUUUAAUAACUUCUACUGAUUCUAACCUGAAACGUUAAAUUACCUGGCGACCAUAGACAUGUAGCUACCAUAUCAACAACCAUAAACGCACGUCCGCACCAAGGUGUUUGAAAAAAAAUUGGAUGACUGGAUGUAUGUACACUCAGAGCUAAUCUUCAAGUGAACAACUUUUUGGUAUGUAGUUAAAUUACCAGACAAAAGCUCUGAGUGUACCAAAAGGCAAGUGAGGUCGCAUUCUCUAAUUAUCGAAACGCACUUUAGGAUUUCUCUAAAAUCUCAUGGAACAAAAAAAGAUUUAAAUGACCGGGCAAAAGCUUUACCUGUACCAAAAAAGGCAAAUGGAAAACCGUUGUCAACAAACCAGUAAACGUACUCACCUCAACAUCACUAAGAACUGCCCUAACUGCCUGCUCUUUCUCCACAACAUUCACCUCUGUGUCUGUCAACUUAUCUAUAACAAACUUCAACGACGACGCAGUGACAUUGGUAGAAAGGAAAUGUUUCUUUUUACUUUAAAAAAAAAAAACACUGGCAAAAUUAAAGUCUCCUCUAAGAUUGACUGGUCGUCCGCUAAAUCCUUUUGGAACUUGCCGCUAUUUUGAAAAAGCCAAACUUUGUUCGAAGUCGGUUCCGGUGGACUGCCUUUUUGCGCAGAUUCGCUCGUUUUAUCGCCCAACAUCUCUCUACCAUAGUGCAAUAGUAGCACAGGGGUGAAAAAAAAAAAACCGAGGGAAGUUUGAGUAGGGUCGCGUAAUGAACUACGCAACCCCAGUCUUCCUCGUCUUCACUUUGCAGCUACUAUGGCGCCGUUUACUAUUUCACUCCGUUUUCCUUACAGAAGGCCUGGCAUGUAUUUUUCUUGAAGAUUUAACACUCGAAGAUGGCGUUUCUGUUCUUAAAAGAAAUCAAUAGCAAUGUUAAAAGCAGCAGCUGAUUAAGCAAAGCGCAGAUUUGUUACCGAUUAACAUAUCUAGCGAAUUGUAAAAAUGUAUCUUUUUAGCUGCUUUUUGUUUUUUAAUUAACUUCUACUGAUUCUAACCUGAAACGUUAAAUUACCUGGCGACCACAGACAUGUAGCUACCGUAUCAACAACCAUAAACGCACGUCUGCACCAAGGUGUUUGAAAAAAUAAUUGGAUGACUGGAUGUAUGUACACUCAGAGCUAAUCUUCAAGUGAACAACUUUUUGGUAUGUAGUUAAAUUACCAGACAAAAGCUCUGAGUGUACCAAAAGGUAAGUGAGGUCGCAUUCUCUAAUUAUCGAAACGCGCUUUAGGAUUUUUUUAAAAAUCUCACGGAACAAAUAAAGAUUUAAAUGACCGGGCAAAAGCUUUACCUGUACCAAAAAAGGCAAAUGGAAAACCGUCGUCAACAAACCAGCAAACGUACUCACCUCAACAUCACUAAGAACUGCCCUAACUGCCUGCUCUUUCUCCACAACAUUCACCUCUGUGUCUGUCAACUUAUCUAUAACAAACUUAGACGACGACGCAGUGACAUUGGUAGAAAGGAAAUGUUUCUUUUUACUUAAAAAGAAAAAAACACUGGCAAAAUUAAAGUCUCCUCUAAGAUUGACUGGUCGUCCGCUAAAUCCUUUCGGAACUUGCCGCUAUUUUGAACUUUGUUCGAAGUCGGUUCCGGUGGACUGCCUUUUUGCGCAGAUCCGCUCGUUUUAUCGCCCAACAUCUCUCUACCAUAGUGCAAUAGUAGCACAGGGGUGAAAAAAAAAAACCGAAAAAAAACAACAACAAAAAAAAAACCCGAUGGAAGUUUGAGUAGGGUCGCGUAAUGAACUACGCAACCCCAGUCUUCCUCGUCUUCACUUUGCAGCUACUAUGGCGCCGUUUACUAUUUCACUCCAUUUUCCUUACAGAAGGCCUGGCAUGUAUUUUUCUUGAAGAUUUAACACUCGAAGAUGGCGUUUCUGUCCUUAAAGGAAAUCAAUAGCAAUUUUAAAAGCAGCAGCUGAUUAAACAUAGCGCAGAUGUGUUACUGAUUAGCAUAUCUAACGAAUUGUAAAAAAGUAUCUUUUUAGUUGCUUUUUGUUUUUUAAUUAACUUCUACUGAUUCUAACCUGAAACGUUAAAUUACCUGGCGACUACAGACAUGUAGCUAGAAAUCUCGACUUAAGAAAUAGCCAAGUGUAAGACGUCCUUUUACUUUUCGAACUAUGAAGUAUCCUAACUUCUUUAUGUUCCGAUUGGUUAUGAGAAACUUCAACCCACACGUACCAAUUACUGGUUUCGUUGUUCUUUUCAAUUAACAUGCAAACAAUAAAGUUCGAGAGAGAUAAUUGAAAAUGCGUUGUACGUAACCGUCAAUCAUGUUUUGUAAUCUUAAGGUAAUCAUGUUUCUGAGUUGUGAUUGGAGAAUAUCGGUACAUGUUGUUAAUUCUGCUUUUAAAUGUCCGUUUGGAAGAUGAUUGAUCGCAGCAUGAAAGAAAAUCGCAAUUUCGGUGUCAAGCCCCACAGCAUGUCGCAUGUUACUGAGAGGCGCAGUGAUUUUCCUUCAUAAACGGAAAACCUUGAACAGUUCAAUAAUUCACCCUUUCCGUCUCGAGCUGAGAAUAACGUUUUGAAGAAGAUUUGCCAUAUAAUUCUUUGGAGCAGACGAGAGAGGGAUCACCUGGGCCGAAUUGAGAAACCUUGAAACAUUUUUUCGUACCGCUCAAUGCAAUGGCUAAAGAAACGUUGACAGUCAAUCAAUAGUAUGAAGGAAAAAUAUUGCGAAUUUUAUAGGCAGUUUUUCCCCUCCAUAUCUGAUGCUGAAGAACUUUACACGUCUUACCUCGCCAACUGUGUCUUCAACCAUUUUCUUUCCUUUACUGCUAUCGUGUUGAACAUAGUAACUAUCUACGUAAUACGAAAAACUUCGUCUUUACCAAAGACUUUGAAAAUAUUGCUUACGAGUCUUGCCGUUUCUGACGCUGGUGUUGGUUUACUGGUUCAGCCAUUUUACACGUCGCUUCUGGUCAGAUUGUUACGACAAAUAAAUUUAACCUGUGUUGAACAUAAAAUUUAUUUCUUAAGUGCAAAUGUUUUCUGUGCGCUUUCGUUGUUAAAUGUUCUGGCUGUAAGCGUGGACAGGUUCUUAGCGGUUCAUUUUCAUCUCAGAUACCAAGAACUUGUAACUCACAGGCGCAUCAUUCUGGUGGUCAUAUCAAUUUGGGUUUUUUCCCUGGUUCGUUCUUUCGCCACGUUGUGGCUUUCAAACUAUGUGAAUUUUUUUAUCUCCAUCCUUCUAAAUGCUGGCGGUGUUAUUUUAACUUCAACUAUCUACUGGCGACUUUAUUUAACGGUGAGACGCCACAAGAAUCAGAUUCACGGCAUGCAACAAACAGAACAGACUGAGGAGAUGUUUCGUAUUUCGAAUAUCCUUAAAACUGCAGUCAGUGUAUUCUACGUGUGCCUUGUGUUUCUUCUUUGUUAUCUGCCUAUCGGUAUCUGCCAGUCUGCAGUGACAUUAUAUGGUUUGAAUCCCACCUUGAUCAAAUUCUACCAUUAUUCGAUGACUUUGGUAUUUCUGAAUUCAUCUCUGAACCCUGUAAUUUACUGCUGGAAGAUGAGAGACAUUCGACACACCGUUUUGAAUAUAUUGCGGCGUGCGUCGUUGAGCAAAAAUCGCACCUCUCGCUAA